AUGGUGUUCCACCUUUGCAACAUCAUCAUCACUUGCAUACAGACAAACUGGCUAGUGGAUCGAUCUCUUUUAAAAAUAAGCAACAGGCGGAUUCUACCAGUGCUAGGUAUAUGGGGUCCAUUGGUCACACUGGAGUUACUGGGAACGCUGGGGCUACUGGAAAUUCUGAACCUACUGGAGCUAUUAGACACAUUGGAGCUCCUUUAUGGCACGAAAAAGCCACUACAACGGCCUGCCGUUCGCAUGUGGGAAUUAACAGAAGCAGAUGAGUGGAAGAACAUAUCUGAUGGCGUCAAACAUCUAGGCGAAAAGAAGAAAAAGCAGGGACAGGGGCAAGAUGUGAAGGAGGAGAAAGGAGAGGGAAGGGGGGAAAGCGGCGAAGGCAGCGAAGGCCAAGACGAAGACAGCGAAGAUUACGUUCACGUAAUCUAUGCAAAGUCGAGUGGAUGUUGCAAUCGGAACCUAGUGAAGGCAGCAAAGGUUAAUGACGAACUUCCUAAUGUCAUUUCCAUCCGGGAAUCGUCUCCACGAAGCUCUCCCCCCACAGAUGCGACUCUGAGCGAAGAAGAAGAACCUUCUUACGAGGACGAUUUUAUCAUUAUCGAAUAUGAAAACAUGCACCGAGCUUUAGGUAUAUUUCCACCCCGCUCUAUGCAUCCAAAAAGUCUUCUUUUCCUACAAUUGGUAAGUGCGAUGCUAUAG